AUGCCAAAAGUCGUGUCGAGGAGCAUCAUAUGCUCCGACACAAAGGAUCAAGAAGAAUAUAGUGAGGAGAAACCAUUGCACAUUUAUUAUUGUCUUUGUGGCCAAAUGACACUAAUUUUAGAUUGUGCUAUUGAAAAGUUACCAUUACGGAAACGGGAUGGAGCAAGAGUAAUCGAUGGCAGUAAACAUGCUCAUAAAAUGACUUCAGAACGAGACGAGAUUGUAUUUCUUAAGCGCCUGGAAGGAAUUGAGAAGCAACAUAGGCAAAAGUGUAAAAAGUGUGGUUUAUUGCUAUAUUAUAAGCAUGAUCCAGGAGCCAACAUAGUAUUUAUUGUAAAAGGCUCAGUAAUAAAAAACUCUGGAGAAGGUCCAAUGACAGAUAUCUAUAAUCAAGUGGCUGUCGAAAAGCCUAAAAAAAUAAUGGUUACAAAACACACUAAGAAUAUGGGCAAAUUUAGUUCAGUUACCGUGUCUACGAUUGACGAGGAAGAGGAUGAAAUUGAAGCUAGAGAAGUUGCCGAUUCCUAUGCAAACAAUGCACGCAUCAUAGAGAAACAAUUAGAGAGAAAAGGCAUGAAUAAACGAAAAACUGUGUCAUCUUCCGAAACAGAUUUGAAACGAACGAGACCCAGAGGAACGUUGUUAGAUAUUUAAUUUUUAUCCCACCCUCUCCUCUUCACAUCAGUCAAGUUAUCUUAAGUUUUUGUUAGCUGGAGACAAAAUGUUUUAAGAAUAGGAAGGUAAAUCCAAUGACUUGUAAUAUUUUGAUCUUUGGAUGACAUUAAAAUGAAAAAGAUAAUCAAGAAAAUCGGGAAAAGUAAUUGGUAUGUAACCACAAAUUAAUUUUAUUUAAUAAGAUACAGUGUUCCUCAUUCACUUUUUGAAUUGUUCGACAAACAUUGAUAAUAUGUUAGCUUCUGUCUUUAGAGUUACCUAUUGUUACAUUUUGGUACACUAUUUGUUUCAACGUAUGUCAAAGAAAGUAAGUGGUAUCAAAUUCAAUUUUAUUUUAUAUAUUGUAUAUUAAUUAUAUAGAAACGUUUAACAUUGUAUUAAUAUAUUUAUUAACAAUAUAUACAUAGAAGUAAAUAUUUCAAGUACAAAUGACUAGAUAAAAGUAUUGCGUAAAAUAUACAUUGCAAAAUAGAUAACAUUUAAUACACAAAUAAGUAUAUAAAUCAUCAAUAAUGUAAGCGAAGAAAAUGCAUUUUCCUGCUUAUGACCGGAAUUAUAAAUAAAAUAGUAUAAAUUAGUUAAUAAUAAUUAAGCAGCACCAAAGAGGGAGAAAAAUAUUUGCUUAUCAGUUAGUUUUACAUGCUCGGAAUGAUAUACAUUUACAUCAGCUGGAAAAGCUACCUAAAAAUAUUCUAUAAUAGAUUAUAUUGUUUUCUGCUAUUUGCUAUAUUGAUCUAUGCAAGUUGGAAUAUAGCAUAGGUAAUACUGCUAACAUUGAUGUAUACAUUUAAUUAAGAUCUCGUCCGCCUCAAUACAUAUUUGUCCUUAAAUAAUAA